UCUGAUCACAGCAGAGAAGCCAACAUGCUUUGGGGACUAAGGGGGAUCUUUUGCAGAAAUAGUAGCCCAUGGUUUGCUUCAGGGUCGGGAUUGCUCAUCUCAACUUUAUCUUUAGGCUCAGAAUGAUAGUACCUGUACUUCUUGGCUUGAAAUACACAGAAUGGACCAGAGGGAGACUCCUGAAGUUGGUUGAACAGUGGCAGAUGGGCAUCUUCUAGGGAAAGUUGGGGCCUAAGAAGGGAGAUGGGAGAAAGUUCAUUUCCUUGGAGGCAAGGUUCCUUUCCGUUAACCAUUACCUCAGACAGCAGCGUCUUGAAGGAGGCGGGACUGGGGGAGGAAAAGGAGGGUCAGCUGCUUGUAGUGGACCUUGUCCCUAUUCUGAGCACUCGGCUCCGACAUGGAAGCAGCAACAGAUCUCCAGGACACAGCCAUAUUAACUCAGAAGUUUACAUUUAAUCCUAAACUGGGCAUUGAUAAUCCCACACUUUCAUUAGCUGAUGACCAUGACCACUUUGACUCCUGGGGCCCUCAGCGCCCCCGCUUCUGUGUGCUGAGCAAGCAGGAGGGGGGGAAAUUUGGCUUCUACCUGCAUAAGGAGCUGAACCGAAAUGGGCACAUAGUCCGAAGGGUGGAGCCGGGCACUUCUGCCCAGUGCCAAGGACUUCAGGACGGAGACCAGAUCCUGGGGGUCAAUGGAGACACUGUGGAGCAUGAGGACUACCACGGGGUGGUACAGCGAAUCCGGGCUAGUGGUCCCCGCGUGCUGCUGACGGUGUUGGCAGGAAAUGUGGAGGAGGUUGCUCGUGCUCAUCAGGCCAGUGGUGCCCAUCUCUGCCCCGUCCUAGAUGCCAGUGUCCGACCCCGGCUGUGCCACGUGGUGAAAGAUGAGGGUGGCUUUGGCUUUAGUUUCUCCCACGGAAAGAGGGGCUGUUUCUGGCUGAUGCCGAGCUGUGGAGGAGCAGCAGAGCGGGCAGGGGUGCCCCAGGGGGCUCGGUUGCUGGAAGUCAAUGGCAUCGGUGUGGAGGGUUUCUCUCCUAGUCAGCUCAGCAGAAAGCUUCGGCAGAGCGGGGAGCAGGUGACCCUCCUGGUGGCAGGGCCAGAAGUGGAAGAGCAGUGUCGGCAGCUAGGCUUGCCUCUGGCUGCCCCAUUGGCUGAGGGCUGGGCGCUGCCUGCCCGGCCACGCCAGCUGCAUCUGGAGAAAGGGCCCCAGGGCUUUGGGUUCUUGCUUCGAGAGGAGAAGGGCCCCAGUGGGCAGCUUGGGCAGUUUCUGUGGGAGGUGGACCCCGGGCUGCCAGCAGAUCAAGCUGGGAUGCGGGCUGGGGACAGACUGGUUGCUGUGGCAGGGGAGAGUGUGGAGGGACUGGGCCACGAGGAGGCUGUGACCAGGAUCCGGGCCCAGGGCUGUCAUCUCUCCCUAAUUGUUGUGGACCCAGAUGCCGACAGCUUCUUCAGCAUGGUGCGCCUGUCUCCUCUCCUAUUCUUGGAGGAGGCUGGUCUGCAAGCAGAUGGUCCAGCUUCCCCCCAGAAGCUCCCUUCAUCAUCCCAAGCAGAGGAACAAGCAUCCUGGACAACCAAUCUGGCCUCAUCACCUGCAGUUCCUACCUCUCUUGUUCCUCCUGCUCUCCCCAGCUUCCGUCAGUGCCUUCUGAGACCAGGAGCUAAUGGUGGCUAUGGUUUCCGACUCAGUUGCGGGGCUGACAAGCCUGAAAUCACCAUUUCCCAGGUGACCCCAGGGGGCUCAGCUUCCCAGGCAGGGCUUCACAUGGGGGAUGUCAUCCUGGAGGUGAAUGGGAUAUCCGUGAGGAGGGAAAAUGUUCUUGAGGUGGUGCGGCAGCUGCCUGAUGCUAAGCCACCCCUUCACCUGAGACUGGCGACCCAGGGAAGACGAAGCAUUGAGGCCUGCAGCUCUUUGGAGCCAGGACUGGACUCUUCCCUCUGAGAGGCUAUAGAACACUCUAUCUGGUGUGGAUCUGUCUGAUGUGGCUUUGUCUACUUGUUUCAGAAGUGGAUGGAAAUUCCUGGGAGACUCUGGAGAGCUGGGAUGUCCCCACAGGACUACACGGGGUUUCACUCCUUGGGAGAGGGUAGAAGGAAAUAGCUUUGCCUAAAUGCACUGGGUUUGCUCUGUGGUCAAAAAUAUCCUAUCCACAUUCCCAGCCAGGAGACACAUGCAGGAGUUUGGUAUAUAAGAGGGCCAGGGACCCCUUAAGAAAAAGGGAGAGUGGGAGAGUAGGGAUUGUAAAGACUAGGAUUUCCUGGGUUGUAUCUGAAGGUCAGUGCUCUCCAUUGAUGUGUGAUGAUGCUGAAUAUUCAAUUAAAGCUGGAGACCAGUA